GUGACUUUUCUAUAAUUUGCAGGAUAAAUUAACAAUUAAUUAAAAAUAUUUAUAUAUUUAUAUAUAUAUAUAUAUAUAAGGAGGAGUCGAGUGUAUGGAAGGAUUAUGUGAAAACGUGCUUGGAAUCAUCUAGAGAGAGAGAAAAAAGAAAAGUAACAGACUUUCAGGGUUCUUGAGGGACUAAACGGAAUAGUUUGUUUAGAAAGAAACGCCUUUGAAGAGAUUUGAUAUGUGUUUUGUUGGUCGUCUUUGGUAGAAGAAGCAUAGAUUGGAAACGACGGCGUAUUUACAUCAGAGAGAUUGAGACACAGAGAGAGAGAGAGAGAGAGAGAGAGAGAGAGAGAGAGAGAGAUAUGGCGAUGAAGGGUUAUUUGGAUGAGUAUGAGAAGCUUGUGAUUAGGAUGAACACUCCAAGGGUCGUUAUCGACAACGGUGUUUGUUCUUCAGCGACAAUCGUCAAGGUUGACAGUUCAAGAGGACAUGGUAUAUUGUUAGAAGCUGUACAAAUUCUCACCGAUUUGAAUCUCUCCAUUAAAAAAGCUUACAUUUCUUCUGAUGGAAGUUGGAACAUGGAUGUUUUCCAUGUGACUGACUUAAACGGAAACAAAUUGAAUGAUCAGAGUGUCUUGAGAUACAUUGAACAGUCGAUUGAGACGGUUUACUACGGAGAAAACAUUGAAGUAAACGGUCUAACAGCCUUAGAGUUAACCGGAACAGACCGGAUCGGUUUACUAUCAGAGAUGUUUGCAGUUCUCUCUGAUCUCAACUGCGAUGUAGUUGACGCUAAGCUAUGGACACAUAACGGUAGAGUUGCGUCUAUGAUCUAUCUCAGAGAUGGCAGCUCGGGAUCUCCGAUUCUUGAUUCCCUGCGGAUAUCCAAGAUCGAAGGACGGUUGAAGAACGUUUUGAAUGGCGAUAACGACGUUAAAUCCGCUGCAAAGAUCUGCGUUUCGGUGGACGUAACGACGCACAUCGAACGUAGGCUUCACCAGCUCAUGUUUGAAGAUAGAGACUACGAGAAGAGGUCCAAGAAACAUGAGAGGUCUCCGAUGGUGGUUGUGACGGUUCAGAAUUGGGCUGAGAGGAGUUACUCUGUCGUUAAUGUUCAUUGUCGAGAUCGGACUAAGCUUUUGUUCGAUGUGGUUUGUACGUUAACCGACAUGGAAUACGCCGUGUUCCACGCCACUAUCAACACGUCAUCAGACCAAGCUCACUUGGAAUUCUAUAUCCGGCAUAAGGAUGGAUCACCGAUAAGUUCAGAAGCAGAGAGACAACGAGUGAUUCAAUGCUUAGAAGCUGCAGUGGAAAGAAGAGCAUCUGAGGGUGUGAGAUUAGAGCUGAAACAUCCGGACAAACAAGGUUUACUAGCAGAAGUUACGCGGACGUUCAGAGAAAACGGUCUAAAUGUUACAAGAACAGAGAUAUCAACUAGCUGCGACAUGGCGACAAACAUAUUCUAUGUAACUGAUGCGAAUGGAAAUGAAGCCGGGUUGAAGCUGAUUGAAUCGGUUAGGGAGAAAAUCGGUUUGGAGUGGUUAAGUGUGAAAGAAAUGCCAGCAGUGAAUCAUAAGAAGGGAGAUGGAGAAGAACAGCAACAACAGACUAAAGCAGUGUUGGUUUCACUUGGGAGCUUGGUUUGGAGAAAUCUAUUCAGCUUUGGUCUUAUCAAAUCAUGUUCUUGAGUCAAUUCAGAUCUUGGGUUAACUGAACCACCACCGGUUCAAUGAAAUUUAUCCUUUUAAAAAGGCACUCGGAUUUUAAUCACGAGAAGUCCGCGUGCCUUGAGAAAGAUUGAUUUUCUGAUCUGUGUGGGGUUUGGUAAAUUUAAUUGAAGCUAGGCAAUGUUUGGUCAUGUAAAUAGGGAAAGAGAGAAGAGUGGGGGAUGAUCAGAAAUUGAGAAAUUGCAUAUUACAUUUUUAUUGUGGAGUUUUAGGUGUGAAAAAAGGUUGUACAAAGUUUCUGAAAUUAAUUAUUAUUUUAUUGCUUUGAUAUGUUUUGUGUGUUAGAAGAUUAUUAGUG